UAACCCUUUUUUUUUUUUUUUUUGUUCUUCUCUCUUUUUUAUUUCCCCCACUUCUUCCCUUUUUUAAGCCUCAGAAAAUUCAGCGCAAAAUUAUACUUCUCAACUGGGUUGAGUCAUCAAGGAUUUGAUCUUUAUACUGAAUCGCCGACAUUUCUGAUCUGGGUUCGCAUCAAAUUGGCCUAAAGCUCGAUACUUUGGUUUGUGAUUUAUUAGGUUAUCGACCUUCUUGAUAUUUUGGGUACUGCGACAAAUACUAACAAAGAAAGCAUCGGAUUUGAUCCGGGGUUUUCGUGUUUUUAAGUUUGGCGUCUUUUUCUGGAAUCGACGAUGAUGAGGGAAAUGCUAGGACGCUCUCUUGUUGUGUACUUGUUAUGGUUUCUAUUUUUGUUGGGGUCUUGUUCGGGGAGAUUUGUCGUGGAGAAGAACAGCUUAAAAAUCACCUCACCCGACUCCCUGAAACAAGUUUACGAAUGUGCAAUUGGGAAUUUUGGGGUCCCUCAGUAUGGAGGAACCAUGAUUGGUACUGUGGUCUACCCUAAAGCUGAUCAAAAGGCUUGCAAGAGUUUUGAUGAUGUCGAUAUCUCCUUCAAAUCCAAGCCUGGAGGCAUGCCCACUUUCCUUCUCGCUGAUCGAGGGGAUUGUUAUUUUACUCUGAAGGCUUGGAAUGCUCAGAAGGCUGGAGCAGCAGCUAUUCUGGUUGCAGACGACAGAGAUGAGCCCCUAAUUACUAUGGACAACCCAGAGGAGGAGGAUGCACAAGCGGAUUAUCUUCAGAGCAUAACCAUUCCGUCAGCUCUUAUUAGCAAAUCUCUUGGGGACAAAAUCAAGAAAGAACUGUCGAAGGGGGAGAUGGUUAGCAUAAAUCUUGACUGGAGGGAGGCUCUUCCACAUCCUGAUGAUCGAGUUGAGUAUGAAUUCUGGACAAACAGUAAUGAUGAGUGUGGGCCCAAGUGUGAAAGCCAGAUUGAUUUUGUUAAAAAUUUCAAAGGAGCUGCCCAGAUACUUGAGCAAAAAGGAUACACUCAAUUUACUCCGCAUUACAUAACUUGGUAUUGCCCUGAGGCGUUUAUUUUAAGCAAACAAUGCAAGUCCCAAUGCAUCAACCAUGGGAGGUAUUGUGCACCAGAUCCUGAGCAGGACUUUAGUCGGGGAUAUGAUGGGAAGGAUGUUGUUUUGCAGAAUUUACGCCAAGUCUGCUUUUUUAAGGUCGCUAAUGAAAGUAGAAAACCAUGGCUUUGGUGGGACUACGUAACGGACUUUUCCAUCCGCUGUCCAAUGAAAGAGAAGAAGUAUACCAAAGAGUGUGCUGAUCAAGUUAUCCAGUCACUUGGCAUUGAUGUUAAGCAGGUAGAGAAAUGUGUUGGAGAUCCUGAUGCAGAUAUAGACAACCCUAUCCUAAAGGGUGAACAGGAGUCACAGAUAGGCAAAGGCUCCCGUGGAGAUGUGACUAUCUUGCCUACCCUUGUCAUAAACAACCGGCAGUAUAGAGGUAAGCUAGACAAAGGAGCUGUUCUUAAAGCCAUAUGUGCAGGAUUCCAGGAGACCACAGAGCCAGCCAUUUGUCUGACUGAAGAGAUAGAGACAAAUGAGUGCUUGGAGAAUAAUGGUGGAUGCUGGCAGGAUAAGGCAGCUAAUAUUACUGCUUGCAAGGAUACUUUUCGUGGGAGGGUAUGUGAGUGCCCAAUUGUGCAAGGAGUAAAAUUUGUUGGUGAUGGUUACACUCAUUGUGAGGCUUCUGGAGCACUGCGUUGCGAAUUAAAUAAUGGGGGCUGUUGGAAGGGAACAAAGGAUGGGAAAACAUAUUCCGCUUGCAUUGAUGGACAGACUAAGGGUUGCACUUGUCCACCUGGAUUCAGGGGUGACGGAGUUAAAAGUUGUGAAGAUAUUGAUGAGUGCAAGGAUAGGGUGGCGUGCCAAUGUCCAGAGUGCAGAUGCAAAAACACCUGGGGUAGUUACGACUGCAGUUGUAGGGGCAGCUUAUUGUACAUGCAUGAACAUGACACAUGUAUAAGUAAAGAUGUGAAAACGGAUUUCAGCUGGAGCUUUAUUUGGGUUAUUAUCCUUGCUGUGGCUGCUGUAGGAGCAGGUGGAUAUGCUAUGUACAAGUACAGGAUCCGGAGAUACAUGGAUUCCGAGAUCCGGGCAAUCAUGGCACAGUACAUGCCGUUGGAUAACCAAGGAGAGGUGCCUCUUCAUAAUCGUCAUGGAAAUGUGUGAUGAUGGAGAAAUCAGCAUUUAUUUCUUGAAGGGCCGGCCUACCACUCUCGCUUCUUUCUCCAGUCUUAUUGCAAGUAUGUAUGGUCAUAUUUUAUGUACAUGUAAAUCCUCACUUUGGGCAUAAAAUCCCAGUUGGUGAAUCGGGAGAUUUUCUUUAGUCUUUGUAUGCUUAUACAUUACUUAUACAUAUUAGAUGUUGUGAUGACUUAAUCGAGAUUUCAAACCCUCUUCCCCAAA